CGUCUCUGUGGUGUUUACCUGCAGAAGUCGGCGUUCACGGAGUCUUGUCGGUAAACCGAGCUGGUCGGCGCUGAAAACAAACAAACCAACCAACCUACGUGUCUUACAGUUUGUGUCGCUGGUGCCGACGUUAAACAUGUCUACUAUGGAAGUUCGCGCUGCGCAUCCAUCAGCCGCAGAGAACCCGGCGAAGAUGGGUAAAAACACCGCAGGUCUGAGGAGAGCUGCUCUCAGAGAGGUGACCAACUUUACUACUGCAGCAGCGGUCAACACCAAGAGGACUGGAGCGGCCAAAACCAAAGCCAAACCCUCUGCUCCAGUGCAGCCAGUGGUCCGGGCGCCUGCAGAGCCGCUCCCCAUAGUGUCCGAGGCGUCGGCCGACGUGUCCAUGAAGGAGGAGGACGAGCUGUGCCAGGCGUUCUCUGAGGCGCUGCUCACUGUGCAGGACGUGGACGAGGAGGACUCGGACCUGCCGCAGCUCUGCUCUCAAUACGUCAAAGAUAUCUACAAUUAUUUACACGUCCUGGAGGUGCAGCAGGCUGUGCGACCUAACUACAUGCAGGGUUAUGAGAUCACUGCCAACAUGCGGGCUCUGCUGGUGGACUGGCUGGUCCAGGUUCACUCCAGGUUCCAGCUGUUGCAGGAGACUCUGUACCUCACUGUGGCCGUCCUGGAUCGUUUCCUGCAGGUCCAACCAGUCUCUCGCAGGAAGCUGCAGCUAGUCGGCGUCACCGCCAUGCUGGUGGCGUGUAAAUACGAGGAGAUGUACGCCCCGGAGGUCGGAGACUUCGCCUACAUCACGGACAACGCCUUCACCAAGUCUCAGAUUCUGGAGAUGGAGCAGCUCGUUCUCAAGAACCUCAAGUUUGAGCUGGGACGUCCUCUUCCCCUGCACUUCCUCAGACGGGCCUCCAAGGUGGCCGGGUCUGACGUAGAGCGCCACACGAUGGCCAAGUACCUGAUGGAGCUGAGCCUCCUCGACUACGACAUGGUUCACUAUCGACCCUCUGAGAUCGCCGCAGCAUCGCUGUGUCUCUCCCAGCUGCUGCUGGAGGGGCUGCCCUGGUCUCCCACACAGCAGCACUACUCCACAUACGACGCGGCCCACCUGAGGCCCAUCAUGCAGCACCUCGCCAAGAAUGUUGUGAUGGUGAACGAGGGGAAGACGAAGUUCCAGGCGGUGAAGACCAAGUACUCCAGCAGUAAGGUGAUGAAGAUCAGCCUCGUCCCUCAGCUGAAGUCGUCCAUCAUUAAGACCAUGGCGUCCUCUCUGACGGACAACCCCUGAGGACAACUUUGACCUUUUUACCAGUGGACACUUGACAUGCACUUUAUUUUAGCUGGAUCAGUCUGUGGAUAAACUUUUUUUUUUCUUUAGUUUUUAAUAAAAUGUUUUAAAAUUUUUAUCCAAGCUUUGUGGUUUAUUCAGAAAUUCAGGCUCUAAUGUGUUUUACUUUAUUGAUGCAUCAGAUUUUACUCUGAACCUUUGAUGUUCAGCAGCCUGUCAAUCAACCCUGAGCUGCUUGUUUCAGGAGGAAUUAACUGUUUUCCAACUGAUUAAACUUUCUUCAGUUUCUCCAUAGCAUCCACUCCCUCCUUGGGAGUGGAUGCUUUAAGAAACAACCUGUGGAGCUUUAUACUGACAGUGUCUUCUACUUCCCUAAUGGAUAUUUUCUCUCAAUUUUUACUGUAGUUCAAAUCUGUAUGUGCUACAACAUUCCAUUGUGAUUUCUUAGAACUACUUUGUUCAAGUUUCUUUUUUUUUUUUUUUUGUCAAAGUUACAAAAAAUUCUACAGCAUCAGUGACUUUGUGAUCUAAAUGUUUUGCUCAUCAAAUUGAAAUUCCUUCUUUAAACUGGACUGUCGUCUUGAAGAAAUGUUUCUGGAAUCAAGUAGAGUGAAAAGCUGAGGUUUCAUGUGAUAAAGGGUGAAUAUUUCUCAAAUUGUACAUGACUUUUGUAUUUUGAACUACAUUUCAAUAAAUUUUUCACUUUGACAGUAACUAGUUGCAGAUUAAAGUAACUUUUUACUCAAAUCA